GGAGGGAGGAAGGAAGGAAGGAAGGCUGGAAGGAAGGAAGCAAGGAAAGAAAGAAGGAAAGAAAGGAAGGCAAGAAGGAAGGCGGGCGGCGGGCCGGCAGGCGAGGGCGCCGGGCCGGGCGGCAGGCGGGCGGGCGAGCGAGGAGGCAGAGCGGCCCCCCGAACCCCACCGCUACCGCUGCGGAAGCCCCCUCCCCAUCCAGGAGCCGGGGAGGGGGGAGAACUCGAGAGACCCAGGCCCGGCCGCAGCCCCGCCCCCCGCGCCUCCCCGCAGCGGGCCUCGCACCCCAAAUCCCUGUGCCUCAUUGGGGGGGUCCUCCCCCCGCGGGCCGGGCAUGCUGCCCCGGAGAAGGAGCCCCUUUCCUCGCUCCCCCCGGCGCCCACGCGGAGCAUGAACAUUGAGGAUGGCGUGCGCCCGCAGCUCCCCGUGCCCCCCGCUGCCGCCCGGUAGGAUGUCCUGGCCCCAUGGGGCCCUGCUCUUCCUCUGGCUCUUCUCCCCACCCCUGGGGGCCGGCGGGGGCGGCGUGGCCAUGACAUUGGCCGCCGGAGGGGGCUCCCCGCCGGCCACCUCCUGCCCCGCGGCCUGCUCCUGCAGCAACCAGGCCAGCCGGGUGAUCUGCACGCGGAGAGAGCUGGCCGAGGUCCCCGCCAGCAUCCCUGUCAACACGCGGUACCUGAACCUGCAGGAGAAUGGCAUCCAGGUGAUCCGGACCGACACGUUCAAGCACCUGCGGCACCUGGAGAUCCUGCAGCUGAGCAAGAACCUGGUGCGCAAGAUCGAGGUGGGCGCCUUCAACGGGCUGCCCAGCCUCAACACGCUGGAGCUGUUCGACAACCGGCUCACGACGGUGCCCACGCAGGCCUUCGAGUACCUGUCCAAGCUGCGGGAGCUCUGGCUGCGCAACAACCCCAUCGAGAGCAUCCCCUCGUACGCCUUCAACCGCGUGCCCUCCCUGCGGCGCCUCGACCUGGGCGAGCUCAAGCGGCUGGAGUACAUCUCGGAGGCGGCCUUCGAGGGCCUGGUCAACCUGCGCUACCUCAACCUGGGCAUGUGCAAUCUCAAGGACAUCCCCAACCUGACGGCCCUGGUGCGCCUGGAGGAGCUCGAGCUGUCCGGCAACCGGCUGGACCUGAUCCGCCCGGGCUCCUUCCAGGGCCUCACCAGCCUGCGCAAGCUGUGGCUCAUGCACGCCCAGGUGGCCACCAUCGAGCGCAACGCCUUCGACGACCUCAAGUCGCUGGAGGAGCUCAACCUGUCCCACAACAACCUGAUGUCGCUGCCCCACGACCUCUUCACGCCCCUGCACCGCCUGGAGCGCGUCCACCUCAACCAUAACCCGUGGCACUGCAACUGCGACGUGCUGUGGCUGAGCUGGUGGCUCAAGGAGACGGUGCCCAGCAACACGACGUGCUGCGCCCGCUGCCACGCGCCCGCCGGCCUCAAGGGCCGCUACAUCGGCGAGCUGGACCAGUCGCACUUCACCUGCUACGCGCCCGUCAUCGUGGAGCCGCCCACGGACCUCAACGUCACGGAGGGCAUGGCCGCCGAGCUCAAGUGUCGCACGGGCACCUCCAUGACGUCCGUCAACUGGCUGACGCCCAACGGCACCCUCAUGACGCACGGCUCGUACCGCGUGCGCAUCUCCGUCCUGCACGACGGCACGCUCAACUUCACCAACGUCACCGUGCAGGACACGGGCCAGUACACGUGCAUGGUGACGAACUCGGCCGGCAACACCACGGCCUCGGCCACGCUCAACGUCUCGGCCGUCGACCCCAUGGCGGCCGGCGGUGCCGGCGGCGGCGGCGGCGGCGGCGGCGGCGGCGGCGGCGGCGGGGGCGGCCCGGGAGGCGGCGGCGGCGGAGGGGGCGGGGGCGGCUACACCUACUUCACCACCGUGACCGUGGAGACCCUGGAGACGCAGCCCGGAGAGGAGACCCUGCAGCCGCGGGGGACGGAGAAGGAGCCGCCGGGGCCCACGACGGACGGCGUCUGGGGCGGGGGCCGGCCCGGGGACGCCGCCGGCCCGGCCUCGUCGUCCACCACGGCGCCCGCCCCGCGCUCCUCGCGGCCCACGGAGAAGGCGUUCACCGUGCCCAUCACGGACGUGACGGAGAACGCCCUCAAGGACCUGGACGACGUCAUGAAGACCACCAAGAUCAUCAUCGGCUGCUUCGUGGCCAUCACGUUCAUGGCCGCCGUGAUGCUCGUGGCCUUCUACAAGCUGCGGAAGCAGCACCAGCUCCACAAGCACCACGGGCCCACGCGCACCGUGGAGAUCAUCAACGUGGAGGACGAGCUGCCCGCGGCCUCGGCCGUGUCCGUGGCCGCCGCCGCCGCCGUAGCCGGGGGCGGGGGCGUCGGCGGGGACAGCCACCUGGCCCUGCCCGCCCUGGAGCGCGACCACCUGAACCACCACCACUACGUGGCGGCCGCCUUCAAGGCGCACUACAGCGGCAACCCCAGCGGCGGGGGCUGCGGGGGCAAGGGCCCCCCGGGGCUCAACUCCAUCCACGAACCUCUCCUCUUCAAGAGCGGCUCCAAGGAGAAUGUGCAAGAGACGCAGAUCUGAAGCCGCCGGGCGGGGGCCCCGGGCCCCGGGCCGGACUGGGACCCUCCCCGCGGCCCCGCCGCCGCCGCCGCCGCCGCUCUCGGACCGCGCAGGGAAGGCCGGGGAAGCAGGGCUCGAAGCCCCGCCCGCGUGCGGACCCCAGGGCGGCCCCCCUCCGGCGAGGACAGGGUGGGGCGCCGGGAACCGAGCCGCCUCCGCGAUUCUGGCCUCACCGCCCCGCCCCCCUCCCAGCCCCGGCGAAGGGAGGGGAUGCAGGAUUCGGGAGAAGUGGCCGGAACCCUCCGCUUUUCCGCCUCGCUCUCUCUAGCGACCCCUCCCCGCCCUCCGCCUUCCAGGGGAGAGAGGAGCUUUCCGGGGAGGGAGGGCGUCCUUUCCCCUCAUCCCCGACAACCCUCCUUUUACGGUUCAUUUUUUGCAGUUUGACGCCUGUCCCCCUCCUCCCGCCCCUCCGCCCCCCCCCCCCCCCCCGAAACUGAAGAGACGGACGACGCGCGCGCGGUCAGAGCCUCCGGACACCCUGCCCUGCCCCCCACCUCC